AUGUUCAUAUUACCCCCAAUUAGAGGUGCUUUGAAAGCAGCACCUAUUUGGAGACGAACGAGUUUGGGUACCAAAUGGUUGAGCACUACUUCGGUCCGGUUCUCCUCACAAAAGGAACAACCAAUUGCAUCUCCUCCUUCUAAGUCUAGGUCUAAUACCAAGCCAAUGACUUCAUUAGAGAUGGCCCGAUCCAAAUUUAAACCUGAGGAAUUGGAAGCUGCAAGAAUAGCUAGGGAGACAUUGAUCCAGAAUACCCCAUUAUAUCGAGUUUUACCUACGAAAUGGAUCCCCUAUGCUGAAUUGAUGCGUCUAGAGAAACCUGGAGGAACUCAUUUACUAUUGAUACCUUCAUUAUGGGGUAUAACCAUGGCUGCAUAUUCUAUUCACGCUCCCUUAACCACAACUUUAUCUGCCAUAGGGUUAUUCACCAUUGGAGCAGUCAUAAUGCGUGGAGCCGGUUGUACCAUCAACGAUAUUUGGGAUAGAGAUUUGGAUAACCAAGUUGCAAGAACAAUGGAACGUCCUAUUACCAGUGGAAGAGUCUCUGUGGGUCAAGCAGUUACAUUUUUAGCUGCAGAAUGCUUUGCUGGAUUGGCAGUUUUGCUUUCUCUUCCGUUUGAAUGCUUUUAUUUGGGUGCUUUAUCACUUCCUUUCGUCUUCUCUUACCCUUUGUUCAAAAGAUUCACCUACUACCCUCAAAUCAUGUUAUCUAUUACCUUCAGUUGGGGGUGUUUAUUGGGGUUUCCAGCAGUGCAUGCCCCAUUGGAUCUUUGGGUGGCUGUGCCUCUUUUCCUCACCAAAUUCUUCUGGUCAAUGUCGUACGAUACAGUUUAUGCCCAUCAAGACAAAUUGUAUGAUAUCAAAGCUGGCAUUAAGUCCACCGCUUUGAAAUGGCAAGACAAGUCGAGAUCUAUCAUCUAUGGUAUGACUGCUGUUCAAUCUUCAUUGUAUGGAUUUGCUGGUAUCAUGAACCAUAUGGGACCAGGGUUUUUUAUCUUUGGUGCGUAUGGGAUGACCAGAAUGUUCCUCAAACUUAGAAAGGUAAACCUUGAUAACCCAGACGAUUGUUGGAAGUUCUUCAAUGAUAAUAUCCGUACUGGAUACAUCUUAUGGUUCGGUAUCGUUGUUGACUAUAUCAUGCAACUCUUGGGCUACUUGUAA